UGUUGUCACAAACAGUGGCUGAAAUCACCAUCUGCUUCCAAUUACACUCUGACAAUCUGUAGGACGGUCGCCAAAGAACCUGCUCUGUGAGGAACUAUAGUUUUUAGAGGAGCCAGAGGGGGAAAGGAGGCAGAACCUGGAAACUAAAACCAGGACGUGGAGCUGACUUUUAAUUGUGGUUGAGCUGAGUCAUGGAGCUGGGGGUUUGGAAACUUUUCCGUUACUCUGUGGAUUCCUCCCCGUUCAUUCUGGAGUGACUAACUUCCAGUUUGGAAAUGUAGUUCUCCGGUAAGACAUGAAGGAGAUGUUGCAGCAGUGAAAGGAUACAUCUAUUUCUUUUCAACAAACUGGAGCAGGUCGGAUUUUCAGAAGUGGUGAUGUGACUUUUCAACAUUUCUUGCAUCUGUAUUAAUACUAAAUGAAAGUUGCAUGAUCCUGGAUGUUUUUAUACAAACUAUUGCAUGGCUAACAAAUGCAUGACCACUCAAAUCAGCCUCUUAAACUGCAUUGUUCUGAAGUAAGAUGUUGCACCUAAGUCUCAGAUAUUAGCUGUUGACAUUGUGGAAAAGGCUUUUCAACAACUACUCCCUUCACUCUGGAUUAGGUUUUCUUUGUGAGCUAUUUAUGAGCAAUGGAGGAGCAAACAGCCAUCCUAAAAUUCUUCAGGAUCCUUACAGAGGAGGAGGAUGAGGAUUUCAUUCAAGGAGACACUGAGCUGAGUUUAGAUAUAAAGAAAAAUGGCUUUGAGGAAGCUGUGGAGAACAGUAGAGAGUCCUUAUCGCAUGUUAAACUGCUUUAUGAUGAGGAGAACAUGACCUGUAAUACAGUGAGACAUAUAUAUAGAGGAGAAGCAGGAAAUGACUCAGACAUGGCAGAGGAGGAGAGGUGUAAUGUCAACCUAACAGAGCAGCAAAGUGAGGCUGCCAACUCUGAAAAUGUCUCAGAGAAACAGACCUUUGCAACAAAUCAAGACGAGAACAAGAUGCCAUAUGACAAAGUUAACGGCUACAGCAACGAGGGCUGUCACAUAUCGGAGAACUCGCUGGAUGAAUGUGCCUUGAAGGAAUCUGUGCAACCAAAAUAUCAACAUUCUUCAACUGACUGCACGGAUACAGGCUGGGAUUCUCAUUCCAAGCAGGAUGCCACUGAAGAAGUUAAUAAGAAAGAAAGAAAAGAUUAUGAAAAUGUUCACAUCCAGGAUGAUUGUGUCCCAAAUGCUUCCAGUUCGGAUGUCGGUUCUGACCCUGAGGAAUCUGAGAAAAGUAGAUCUAAAAAUAUAGUGAUUACAGUGACUCGGACAAGACCUGGCGUUGAGGAAGAACCGAUAUUAACACCAACAUUUGAGCAUGCUGAUGGCUCAUCUCAUAUCCAAAAUAAAGAGGAGAGGACCGGAUCAGAUGAGGACAGCGAAGAAGAAGAAGAAGAGAAAAGAGAUGAAUUUCCAGACUUUUCCUCCCCUCUUUACCCUCCAGCCCCAAAAGACCCUCUUUCCAUAACAUCUGCGACCAAUAACCCUCCACCUGGAUCCACCUUCACCAGAGCCACCUUUAAACCGAGCUCCCCCACCGACAAACAGAUCCAGCUCCCGGCCCUCUUCAGCGGGCUGAGGGUCCUGAGGAAGGGGGUCGUCGGGCCCGAGCACGACACCGUGGCCCAGAUCAAAACCUCAUCGCCAGCAAAGAGAGACAUUUUCCCUGAUAAACAAUCGGACGGUAAAUCCCAGGGGAGCUUCCUGGACCAGAUCUCACAGCUGCUGAACCGGGAAACGAGCGAAGAUGAGACGGAGGUGACCGAGGAGAUCGAGGAGACCGAGGAGAGGACGGAAAAGGAGGCUGAAGCAGAUGAGAGUGAGAUGGAAAAAAGUCAAGAGGACGAGAGGGAAGAAGUUGAAACAGAGGAGGAAGCAGAGGUUUCAUCUGAGUCCACCAAGCCUCCUGCGUCCAGUGCAGAGGCGGCAUUCGAUGCCUUCAAAGCCUUUUUCACCCCAAGGCCUCUGAAGAGGGACCCGGCUGAGAAGAUAGACCUGGACGCAGUGAGGAAGAAGAUCAGAGCAGAUACAGAUGUGCUGAAGGCGAUUUUUGAGAGAUCCUCCAAUAAGACGCAAGAGAAGAAAGACUCUCCUGAUGGCAAAUCAGAAGCGUCCACCCCAGGAGAUGGAGAGGAGAGAACGCCAGGUCGCCUUCAAGCUGUCUGGCCACCACUGAAGGAGGAAAAAGUUGGGCUGAAAUACACAGAAGCAGAGCACCAGGCCGCUCUCUUGCAGCUGAAGAGAGAAUGCAAAGAGGAGCUGGAGACGUUACAGGAGGACUUUGGUCAGCAGCUCUCCAGACUGCGGGUGGAGAACGAGGACAAUGUGUCCCGUCUGGAGUUCAGUGUCUCCGAGCUGCAGGUCCUCCUCUCCCAGGCCGGGACCCGCCGUCACGGGGAACUCAAAGACGUUGCUGUGUCAACGGAAGACGACUUCUUACACAAGUCUUUCCGCACAGUGUGCAUCCAGACCGACAGGGAGACAUUUCUUAAGACCCCUGACGAUGGAGAGGGAGCAACGAGAGCGAGCACCAGCCCCCAGCAGCAGAGGGUGACCCCCAGAAAACUGGACCUGACGUCUAUCAGCCUCAGCCUGGCCGGACACAGGGACGAUUCUUCCUCUUCAUCACAUGACCCUCCAUCACUUCCUCAAAUGCAGCCUCCAUCAGUACAACCACUAGCUCCUUCUCAGACAACCAAAACACAAAUCCUGCCUCCUCCUCCUCCUCCACCUCCUCCACCUCCACCAUGUUUUUCUUCACCCCUUAACCUCAUGCAGACGUCACAUAGCGCUCCACCACCUCCUCCACCUCCUCCCUCCACUCCAGGCUUUGCUCCCCCACCUCCUCCACCUCCACCUCCUCCCUCCACUCCAGGCUUUGCUCCCCCACCUCCUCCACCUCCACCUCCUCCCUCCAUGCCAGGCUUCGCUCCCCCACCUCCUCCUCCUCCAGCUGGGGGUUUUAUUGUUGAACAACCUCCAAGGAAGCAGACAGUGGAGCCGUCCCGACCCAUGAAGCCUCUCUACUGGACCAGAAUCCAUAUCCAGCACAACAAGAACACACUGUGGAACAUUUUAGAGGAACCAAAUAUAAUAAAUGCCGGCCAGUUUGAGGAUCUUUUCGCCAAAACCAUCACACACACCAAGAAGAAGCCGCUGUCCGAGGCUUAUGAGAAGAAAGCCAAAGCCAGGAAGAUCAUUAAGCUGUUGGAAGGGAAGCGCUCUCAGGCCGUGGGCAUCCUCAUAUCGAGCCUCCACCUGGAGAUGAAAGACAUCCAACAAGCGGUGCUGGCAGUUGAUCACUCUGUGGUGGACUUGGAGACCAUUGAAGCCCUUUAUGAAAAUAGAGCGCAGCCAGAAGAGCUGGAGAGGAUCAGGAAGCAUUACGAGACGUCCGAGGAAGAGGAAGUGAAACUGCUGGACAAACCUGAACAGUUCCUGUAUGAGCUGUCUCAGAUCCCAGACUUUGCAGGCAGAGCUCACUGCAUCAUCUUCCAGGCGGCCUUCAUCGAUGGGACCACAUCCAUCCAGAGCAAGCUCAACACAGUUUCAUCCGUCUGUAAGGCUCUGCUGGAGAGUGAAGGUGUGAUGGAUGUGAUGGGACUGGUUUUGGCUCUGGGGAAUCACAUGAACGGAGGAAACCGGACCCGAGGUCAGGCGGAUGGCUUCGGACUCGAGAUUCUUCCCAAACUGAAGGAUGUCAAGAGCAGAGACAAUCGUAUCAGCCUGGUGGACUAUGUGGUGUCCUACUACCUGCACAAUGUGGAUGAGAACGCCGGCACAGACAAGAGUGUAUUCCCACUUCCUGAACCUCAGGACGUCUUCCUGGCUGCACAGGUCAAGUUUGACGACCUGAACAGAGACCUGAGACAGCUCGGACGAGAUCUGACAAGAUGUGAGAAAGAUGUAAGGAACGUUUGCUCUGAUUCUCCUGAAGAAAACCUGCAGCCGUUUAAAGACAAGAUGGAGGCUUUUGUUCUCAGGGCACGUAAAGAACACGCAGAGGCGUCUUAUCAGUUGAUGACUGUACAAAAAAGUUUUCAGGACUUGACUCUGUACUUUGGACUGAAGCCUAAGUCAGGAGAGAAGGAGGUGACGGCCGGGCAUCUCUUCAUGCUCUGGUUUGAGUUUUGUGCCGACUUCAAAGCCAGGUGGAAGAGGGAGAACAAGAACCUCUCAAAUGAAAGAUUAAAAGAGGCUCAGCUGUCAGUGAAGAGGAUCACAUCGGAGAAGAAGGUGGAGACCAGAAAGAUCAAUCCCAACAGUCUGAAAGAGAGACUGCGUCAGAAAGAAUCCAACAUCUCCUCGAUUUAAGAGAGAAGAAGCAUAAAGCUGACUGAUCCGGAUCAAUAAAACCAUCUUGGGUUGGACUGGAAAUGGACCAUGAUACCAAAUGAACAGUUUAUUCAUUAAAACAAGAUCAAUGAAUGGAUUU